GAGUAUGACGAAUAUGGCGCUGGACCUCACUGUCAAGGUACACCCUGUGGUGUUAUUUCAGAUUGUAGAUGCUUACGAGCGGCGUAAUUCAGACUCCCAGAGAGUCAUAGGUACACUCCUAGGUACUGCUGAAAAGGGGAUCGUGGAAGUGACAAAUUGUUUCUGCGUCCCCCACAAGGAGUACGAUGACCAGGUCGAGGCUGAGCUCAGUUACGCCAUGGAUCUCUAUGAUCUCAACCACAGAGUCAAUGCACAGGAGAAUAUCGUGGGCUGGUGGGCAACUGGAAAAGAAGUUACCACACACUCAUCGGUUAUUCAUGAGUAUUAUGCCAGAGAGUGCAAUAAUCCGGUGCACUUGACUGUUGAUACAACUCUUAUAAAUACAACGAGGAUGGGAAUCAAGGCUUACGUUUGUGUACAGCUCGGAGUGCCCAAUGGCAAGCAAGGAUGCAUGUUCACACCUACCAAAGUUCAGGUGACAUCUUAUGAACCUGAAAUAACUGGACUUCAGCUCUGCCAAAAGACUCAAUCACUGCCAGGAGGACCAAAAACUGGUGGGACUGUCGAGCCAAUGAUGGAUCUCGCUCAAAUAGCUGAGGCCAGCUCCAAAUUAUCUGCUAUGCUGGAUCAAGUUCUCAUCUACGUUGACGACGUUCUAGCUGGUAAACAACCACCGGAUAACCAAGUUGGCAGGGCCCUCUUGGACAUGGUACACUCAGUGCCUAAAAUGACGAGUGAUCAGUUCGAUGAAAUGUUCAACAGCAACGUCAAGGAUUUGCUGAUGGUUGUUGCAUUGUCACAGUUGAUCAAAACUCAACUUCAAUUGAACGAAAAACUUACGCUUCUUACUACACUGUAACCAAUUCGUCGAACUUUUUCACCUGUCUUGUAUUUUUUUUUUAUUACAGGAUUCUUGUAUUGAAUGAAGCAGAAAUAAAUUCCAGUAAUUAAUUUAA